AUUUUGUUGAAAUGGGGUCAAAGAUUUGCAUGAAUGAGGUUUGCCGUGCAACGACGUCGUCUGUAUGGAAGAAAGGUUGGGUCUUGAAUUCAGGUGGAUUUGCUACCCUUUGCUACAACUGCGGAUCAGCUUAUGAGAAUUCAGUUUACUGUGAAACAUUCCAUCGAGAUGAAUCUGGUUGGAGGCAAUGCGCUAAAUGCGGGAAGGGUAUCCACUGUGGAUGCAUUGCUUCAAGAUAUUCACAUGAGUACCUGGAUUUUGGAGGUGUUGGGUGCAUAAACUGUGUUAAGAGUUCAGAAAUUCAUUCUGUGCAAUCAAUGCAGGUAAUUAGUCAUUUGAAUUUGCAUUGCAACAAUAGAUUGAGGGCCAACAGGGAAAUUUUCCCAUUCAAUUCAUAUCUACUAUAUGCCUUAACUAUCAUUUCUAGUUUGAAAUCGACUAUUGUUCCAUUGUUUGAGAAGGUUCUGAGUGCCAGUGAUGCUGGUCGAAUUGGUCGCCUGGUCCUCCCAAAAGCAUGUGCUGAAGCAUACUUCCCUUCUAUUAAUCAAUCAGAAGGUAUACCAAUUAGGAUCCAGGACAUAAAGGGGAAAGAGUGGACAUUUCAAUUCAGAUUUUGGCCCAAUAAUAAUAGUCGGAUGUAUGUCUUGGAGGGUGUAACCCCUUGCAUCCAAAAUAUGCAAGUACAAGCUGGUGAUACAGUGACGUUUAGUCGGAUAGAUCCUGGGGGUCAACUUGUCAUAGGAUGUCGAAAGGCUACAGACAAUGUUGAUACACAGGAUACCCAAACACCUUUGCUUCCAAAUGAUGAUUCUCCAGGUGAAACGUCAUUUUCUGGUCCUACAGACAAUCCACUUUCAAACGGGGCCAAAACAAGUGAUGAUUCCAUGCAACAGCAUAAACCCGUAUCAGAGAAGAAGAAAACACGAAAUAUGAAAAAUAAGAGGCUCCUCAUGCAUAGCGAGGAUGCUAUGGAGUUGAGAAUAACGUGGGAAGAAGCACAGGAGUUGCUUCGUCCCCCUCCAACUGUUCAACCCACAAUUGUCACGAUCGAGGACCAUGCAUUUGAAGAAUAUGAUGAACCGCCAGUUUUUGGAAAGAGGACAAUUUUUACAUCUCAACCUUCUGGGGAGCAGGAACAAUUGGCUCAAUGUGACAGUUGCUCGAAAUGGCGAAGGUUGCCUGUACAUGUUCUUCUUCCUGCAAAGUGGACAUGUUCAGAGAAUCUAUGGGACUCAAAUAGGUCUUCAUGUUCUAUUCCAGAGGACAUUAAUUCAAGUGAUAUGAGUGCCUCUUUUAGAGUUUGCAAAGAGUCUAAGAGGCGGCGAAGUGCAGACAACAAGGCAUCCAAAGAUGGAGAACCUUCAGGAUUGGAUGCAUUGGCAACUGCUGCAGUUUUGGGAGAUAACAUGGAUGACUUAGCAGAGUCUUUAGUCGGAGCCACUACAAAACAUCCUAGACAUCGACCAGGUUGCACUUGCAUUGUCUGCAUUCAGCCUCCAAGUGGAAAAGGUAAGCACGAGCCCACGUGCGAGUGCAAUGUUUGCUUGACUGUUAAACGACGUUUCAAGACACUCAUGUUGCGUAAGAAACAACGGCAAUCAGAACUUGCAGCUGAGCUUGCCCUUGGAAAGGACGAGGCCCAAGUGGACGUUAAAUUAGAAAACGAUGAUGACAUUGCUGGGCAAGCAUUGCUGCAGAUGAAUCUUCCAAAAAACGAAAGAAUCCAGGACAGAAACUCAGUGGACUUGGACGAGGACAGCAAGGAACAGUUGGACUUGAACUGCCAUCCGGAUCGUGAAAAUGACCUAGUCGAGGCAGCUGGAAUGAGCUUGGCGACCUUAAUCAAAGAUGCUGAUAUUCCAUCCGAGGCAGGUUUACAGAAGAACGAAAUCCCAAGCUCAGAACCAGAUUUACUCUCCCGAACUGCGAGCGAGAGUUGUGAACAUAUCGCUGAUGAAGGGGGUAUCUUGUCUGGAAACGUCGUGCAGGAGAACAAGAGCGAAGAUGGCGAAUCUGGGACCGGCUUGAAUUGAUAUAAAGUUAUGUGUAUUAUUAUAUUUGUUAAACUACAGAAUUGUCUUGUUGAGUUUUAAGUGUAUCCGAAUCACAGUUGUUUUUCCUCGAGUUAUAUUCGCAACCUCGUACUUGUUAGAUAUUUUUCAUCA